AUGUUUGAACGCUGGGACCAUCACAACGAUAAAGUCUUCACAGUCGGUGGAAUCUCUCCUGAGACCAUGUCCCUGGUGCUCGAGUGGAUCUACACCAAAUCCAUUGUCCUGUGCGCGGAGACAGUCCAGGACCUUCUGUUGGCUGCUGACAUGCUGCUGCUGGACCAGCUCGUCCUGCUCUGCUUCCAGUUCAUGGAGGAGAACAUGAGCCCGGAAAACUGCAUCGGCAUCUGGAAGUUCUCGGAUGUCGUGCUGUCCAGCAAAACUCGGGAUUUGGCCCGGAGGUUCAUCCUGAGGAACUUUGAGGAGGUGAUGGACUGUGAGGAGUAUCAGGAUCUCACUGGAGAAGAGCUGAGUGGGUUUAUAGAAAGUGACCAACUCCACGUCAAAGACGAGACGGUGGUUUUUAAGGCUAUUGUGCACUGGACCAACCACAAUGUCCAGGAACGCAGAGAGCAUUUUCCACAACUGCUGUCAAAGGUUCGUUUCGCUGAGAUUUCGUGCAACUUCAUACAUGACAACAUUCUCAAUAACCCCCUGGUGAACAACAUCUCCUGUUUAUCCAUAAUGACAAACGCCUUGGACACCAUCUCUGAACUUCUCAUCAACCCCGGCGCCCUGCACCGCCUGCACCGCCCCCGACUCCCUGAAGUCGUCCUCUUGGCCGUCGGAGGCUUGAGCAGCGGCAAUUUCACCAAUCAAAUCGAAGCGUACGACUACAAGGUCAAUCGCUGGGUUCACAUCAUGAACUCCGAGAGGCCCAGAGCGUACCACGGCUGUGUGUUCCUCGACGGCUCGCUCUAUUGUGUCGGAGGAUAUGACGGACUGGAGCAUUUUAAACAGCGGGCGGCGUCUGGACCUGGCGACCAACACCUGGCACGAGAUGCCCCCCAUGAACCACAGACGCUGCUUCGUGAGCGUGGCGGUGCUGAACGGCCUCAUUUAUGCCAUGGGCGGCUUCGACGGGAACACGAGGCUCAACACGGCCGAAGUGUUUGACCCCCAGACCCGCUGCUGGUCCCUGAUCACCCCCAUGA